AUGGCAGUUCCUGCACCCUUCUCUCUUUCCUCUGAUUCCUUUGCUUCCAAACCUUCCACAACAACGAUCUUUGGUUGUGCCGCCCUGAAAAAAGGGAACUUUGAGCAGACCCAUUUCAGAUCGUGCACGGCAUUUAGGAGAAAUCAAGGUUUCACUUUAAAGGCUUCAAUGGGGCCUCCGGGGUUUACAGAUAAACUUAAUAACAACAAGCUAAAGACCUUGGCUGAUACUGAAGAUGGGUGUGAUAUAUUUAAUGACCUGAAAGAUAGGUUUUUAAGUUUUAAAAAGAAUAAAUACUUGAAAAAUAUUGAUCAGUAUGAAAAUCUUGCCAAGGUUCAAACACCAAAGUUCAUGGUUAUUGCUUGUGCAGAUUCUAGGGUAUGCCCCUCUAAUAUCUUGGGAUUUCAACCGGGAGAAGCAUUCAUGAUUCGCAAUAUUGCUAAUUUGGUUCCUACCUUUGAGAGUGGACCCUCGGAAACAAAUGCUGCUUUGGAAUUUGCUGUGAACACCCUUCUGGUUGAGAACAUCUUAGUCAUUGGCCACAGUUGCUGUGGUGGUAUACGUGCCCUGAUGAGCAUGGAAGACGAUGAUGUUGAAAGAAGUUUUAUUAAAAGUUGGGUCAUUGGUGGGAAGAAUGCAAGAAUUAAAGCCAAGGCUGCUGGUUCUAACCUCAGCUUUGAUGAGCAGUGCACACAUUGUGAGAAGGAAUCAAUCAACCAUUCCUUGUUAAAUCUACUUACUUACCCCUGGAUAGAAGAAAAGGUAGCGAAUAAAGAACUCUCUAUUCAUGGUGGCUACUACAACUUUGUUGACUGUUCAUUUGAGAAAUGGACACUGGAUUACCGGGAAACCAAAUUGGAGGAAAAUGGAAGAAUUACUGCCAAAAACAAAAUAUUUUGGUGUUGA